CAGGCUGGGGAGAAAGAAAGCGUUUCCAGGUCAGCUCAAACAUGGAGAGAGGAGCAGAGAGACAAAGAGGAGGGGAUACGGAGGUGGCGCAAGAGAAGGGCUCAGUGGAGAGGCAGUGGGGGGACGCAGAGGUGCUGGCUCUCAUGUCAGUGUGGGACGAGGUCGGCGCUCAGCACGUAGCCGAGAGCAGGGCCACGUUUGAGCUGAUCUCAGAGCGCCUGAGGAGGCUCAGUGUUGUGCGAAGCUGGUGGGAGUGUCAGGCCAAGUGCAAGAGCCUGGGACUUCAGGGCAGAAGGCCUGACGCAGCAGCAGCAGCAGCAGCAGCAGCAGCAGCCACUUCAGCAAACUACAGCCCAGGAGUGGACGGGAGGCCAGAGGAGGGCUGGGAGGAAGAAGUGGAGGAUGUGGGUGAUCAAAGAGGAAUCUACUCUUCCACAGGCACUUUACCAACACAGGAAGGAAUCAAAAGUCAACUCCAUCGAGCUCUCCCUUACACUCCGACUGUGGCUGAGGAAGGGGGCCGCCACUGGACCGACGACGAGGUGCGAGCCCUGCUGUGCGUGUGGGCGGACCGGCAUGUCCGAGAGCGCUUGAAGUGCACGCUACGCAACAAGUCCAUCUUCCAAGAGAUGGCCCGUCAAAUGCAGAGAACUUUCGGGGUGGUGCGCAACUGGAAACAGUGUCGGACGAAAUACAAGAACUUGAAAUACGACUACAAGACGGCGAAAAGUGCCCACGCUGCAGGGGGCGGCGCCGCAGGAGGCCCGGGGAAGUACAUGAAGUUCUUCGAUGAGGUGGAGGCCAUUCUGCUGGACCGCGGGCUGGAAAACGGCGGCGUGGAAAUGCAGAGGAGGCUGUAUGAUGGAGAGGUGGCGGAAGGGAGGCUGCCAACACCAGCCCAGACGACAACCUCAGAAAGUGAGGUUGUCAUAGAAAUUGAUGAUGAUGACAACAGUGAUGAUUACGAUAUGGAGGUAGACACGGAAGCUAAAUGGAGCGGAACAGAUCCAUCCAGCUCGGACCAGAUCCACGUCGUCACGGUGUCGGACACGGGUCGAAACUGGAGCGACCAGGAGGUGCGAGCGCUGAUCCAAGUCUGGUCCGACGAGCGCGUGUGCAGGCAGCUGGAGAGCUCGACCAGAAAGAGGGACAUCUUCGUUCAGAUCUCCAACAGGUUAAUUCAGCAAGGCAUCGAGCGGGACUGGAAACAGUGCCACACCAAGUACAAGAACCUCAAGUACCUUUACCGCUCCCUCCAGAGGGGCAAGGGGGACGAGGCUGACCCCAGACGCCUCAUGAGGUUCUACGAUGAGGUGGACGCCAUUAUGAAUCGCACGACUAACGGCUCGCCACACGCCACGAGAACGGCAGAGCAACCAGAAGUUUCAGGAGAACUCGUGAUGUUGGAGGGUUCCGGGGAGAGAGAUCACGUGGAUGUUUAUUUGAUGAGGGCAAACCCAGUCCCGACAGUGGUUGGAGCGCUGGAGGAGAGAACUUGUAGCACCGACUCCGUCUCGUCUAUAAGCCUUGAUCUUACGCCAAGCAACGAGGAGAGGAGGCCGCAUGCAGCCAAGGAGCGUCGCUUGGAUCAGCAGCACAGAUUAAAGAACUCCGUUGAAAAAAGGGUAGAAAGAGAAAAUACCUACCUAGCAAACAGAGGAAUGAAGAGGAAAGCUGUGGAUCAAGUCCCCAAACUCCAGACUCCAAGGAAAAAACUGGACACUGGCUCUGCCUGUGCUGAUAACAGAGAGGCCCAGUGCAAAGAAGAGCAGGAUCACAUCCCAAUAAUAAAGAUAAACUCUGUCCGCUCAAUGGCCUCCCCCCAUCCAUCCCCAGAGAGACAGAGGAUGGAGUGUCUGCCCUCGCCUCGUGGUGAGGGAUGCGCUGCUCCCAUUGGCUGUGCGAAUCAGUUGAGGGACGCUAUUGGCUGUCAGAGCACCUGCAGGCCGAUCCCGAACUCCGCCAUGGCUUCCACUUCAGAGCUGAAGAUCGGACAGAAGUUGAAUGAGGGUAAAACCAAGCAGAUCUUCGAGCUGCUGGAGCCGCCCGGUCAGGUUCUGGUCCAGUCCAAGGACCAGAUCACCGCCGGGAACGCGGUGAGGAAGGACCAGAUGGAGGGAAAGGCUGCCAUCGCCAACAGAACCACGAGCUGCUUGUUCAAGCUGCUUCAGGAAUCCGGCAUCAAGACGGCCUUCGUGAAGCAGCACUCUGACACAGCAUUCAUCGCGGCCCACUGUGAAAUGAUUCCCAUCGAGUGGGUGUGUCGGAGAGUGGCGACCGGAUCCUUCCUCAAGAGGAAUCCAGGAGUCAAAGAAGGCUACCGCUUCUCUCCGCUGAAGAUGGAAAUGUUCUUUAAGGACGAUGCCAACAACGACCCUCAGUGGUCAGAGGAGCAGCUGCUGGAGGCCAAGUUCUGUCUGGCUGGGCUCGCCAUCGGCCAGUGUGAGGUGGACAUCAUGAACCGUAGCACGGUGGCCAUCUUUGAGAUUCUGGAGCGGGCCUGGGCCACUCAGAACUGCACGCUGGUGGAUAUGAAGAUCGAGUUUGGUGUGAAUGUGAAAACUAAAGAGGUUGUGCUGGCUGAUGUCAUCGACAACGAUUCCUGGAGGCUGUGGCCGGCCGGAGAUAGAAGCCAGCAAAAAGAUAAGCAGGUUUACCGUGAUCUUAAAGAAGUGACCCCUGAGGCCAUGCAGAUGGUGAAGAGGAAUUUUGAGUGGGUCUCUGAAAGGGUCAAGCUGCUGCUGGAGUCCCAGGCCAGUGGCAGGGUGGUGGUUCUGAUGGGCUCCACCUCGGACUUGGCCCACUGUGAAAAAAUUAAGAAGGCCUGUUCCUCCUAUGGGAUCUCCUGCAUCCUCAGAGUCACCUCGGCACACAAAGGACCAGAUGAGACACUCCGCAUCAAAGCAGAAUAUGAAGGUGACGGUGUACCUACUGUGUUUGUGGCUGUGGCCGGCAGGAGUAACGGCCUUGGUCCAGUGAUGUCAGGAAACACGGCUUAUCCCGUCAUCAACUGCCCUCCUCUCACUCCUGAUUGGGGCGCACAGGAUGUCUGGUCAUCCCUCCGUAUGCCAAGUGGACUCGGCUGCUCCACAAUCCUCUCCCCCGAGAGCGCUGCUCAGUUUGCGGCGCAGAUCUUCGGCCUGACCAAUCACCUGGUGUGGUGCAAGCUGAGAGCCUCCAUGCUCAACACCUGGGUGUCUCUCAAGCUGGCCGACCAGAAGCUACAGGCCUGCACCAUCUGAAGUGGCUCAAACCUCUUUGAGUCCUCUGUGCUGCUUUGAGGCUCCUCUGUCAGUCAAUAUCCGUUUACCAUGAUCGACCCACUAACAGUAGAUUGAUUCUACAUGUACUUUCUCACACACGUCAUUCAUUCCAUGGAAAGUAGAAAAUUAAUAAAAGCUUCGUAAUGAAA